ACUCAUUGCUCGCAAAAAGAUGGAGAGAAAACCCGAGAGAAAACCUGAAGAUGUUGUCAACUUUGCCGCUGGCCCAGCAAAGCUACCAAGAGAGGUUUUGCUCGAGGCUCAAGUCGCUGCUUUGAACUGGGAAGGAACAGGGAUUGGGGUCAUGGAGCUAAGCCACCGCUCAAAGGAAUUCGACAGAAUACAGAAUGAGUGCAUCGGGACGCUCCGCCGACUAAUCCAGAUACCGGACAAUUACAAGGUCCUCUUGCUGCAGGGAGGAGGGACUGGAGAGUUCGCUGCACUGCCUCUAAACCUCACGCAGUCCUCGGACGAGGUUGCUGACUAUUUUGUAACUGGGACCUGGUCGCAGAAGUCUGCAAAGGAAGCAGAGAAAUAUAUAAAGGUCAACUACGUUCUACCAAAAACAAGCAAAUACAUUGAAGUCCCUCAUGAAUCCAAAUGGCAGUUAACGCCUGAGGCCUCUUAUGUCUAUUACUGUGAUAACGAGACAGUCCAUGGUGUGGAAUUUCCAAGCAUCCCUAACGUAGGCGAGGGCAAAACACUGGUAUGUGACAUGUCUUCUAAUUUCCUCACAAGACCGAUUGAUGUAUCAAAGUAUGGUGUCAUUUUUGCUGGAGCUCAAAAGAAUGUUGGCUGCUCUGGAGUUACUAUUGUUAUCAUUCGUGAAGAUCUAAUUGGAAAGACAAGGAAGAAUUGUCCUAUCAUCCUAGACUAUACAGUUCAAGCAGGGAUUAAUUCAUUAUACAACACGCCAUGUACUUGGGCAGUCUAUAUACUAGGGCAGGUACUGAAGUGGGUUGAGAAGCAAGGAGGUGUGACAGCAAUGCAAGCAAACUCGGCCACUAAAUCAACGAUGGUCUUUGACGUGAUUGCCAGUAGCAACGGAUUCUAUUAUCUUCCUGUUGCCGAGAAUUCUCGCUCUCGUGUUAAUGUGCCGUUUCGAGUCGGAUCCGAAGAGAAUAGGGAGAAACUAGAGGCGGAGUUCUUAGAAGAGGCGUCAAGUCGUGGGUUGUUACAGCUGAAAGGUCACAGAUCAGUUGGAGGAAUCCGGGCAUCACUCUACAAUGCUUUGAUGCCUAAUGACGUUGAGAAGCUAACAACUUUCAUGAAAGAGUUCAUGGAGAAGAAGAAAUAGAACUAAAUUUAAAAAAUAAUGUUAGAAAACUUAAUAAUUAUGCUAAUUGGCUUUG